GGCGCCUCGUGCGCGCGGUUAUUUAUUUCCGGGCCCCAGAGCGCUUAUAAUGGAGCCGCUGUCAGCAGAACCUUCUGCUGCCGCCGCCGCCGCCGCCGCCGCCGCCGUCCCUCCUUUUUUUCCCGGCAGAUCUUUGUUGUGUGGGAGGGCAGCAGGGAUGGACUUGAGCUUGCGGAUCCCCUGCUAGAGCAGCCGCGCUCGGAGAAGGCGCCGCAGCUGCGAGGAGGAGCCGCCGCCGCGCCCGAGGCCCCGCCGCCCGCGGCCUCUGUCGGCCCGCGCCCCGCUCGCCCCGUCGCCCCGUCGCCCCUCGCCUCCCCGCAGAGUCCCCUCGCGGCAGCAGAUGUGUGUGGGGUCAGCCCACGGCGGGGACUAUGGUGAAAUUCCCGGCGCUCACGCACUACUGGCCCCUGAUCCGGUUCUUGGUGCCCCUGGGCAUCACCAACAUAGCCAUCGACUUCGGGGAGCAGGCCUUGAACCGGGGCAUUGCUGCUGUCAAGGAGGAUGCAGUCGAGAUGCUGGCCAGCUACGGGCUGGCGUACUCCCUCAUGAAGUUCUUCACGGGUCCCAUGAGUGACUUCAAAAAUGUGGGCCUGGUGUUUGUGAACAGCAAGAGAGACAGGACCAAAGCCGUCCUGUGUAUGGUGGUGGCAGGGGCCAUCGCUGCCGUCUUUCACACACUGAUAGCUUAUAGUGACUUAGGAUACUACAUUAUCAAUAAACUGCACCACGUGGACGAGUCGGUGGGGAGCAAGACGAGAAGGGCCUUCCUGUACCUCGCCGCCUUUCCUUUCAUGGACGCAAUGGCAUGGACCCAUGCUGGCAUUCUCUUAAAACACAAAUACAGUUUCCUGGUGGGAUGUGCCUCAAUCUCAGAUGUCAUAGCUCAGGUUGUUUUUGUAGCCAUUUUGCUUCACAGUCACCUGGAAUGCCGGGAGCCCCUGCUCAUCCCAAUCCUCUCCUUGUACAUGGGCGCGCUUGUGCGCUGCACCACCCUGUGCCUGGGCUACUACAAGAACAUCCACGACAUCAUCCCCGACAGAAGUGGCCCGGAGCUGGGGGGAGAUGCAACAAUAAGAAAGAUGCUGAGCUUCUGGUGGCCUUUGGCUCUAAUUCUGGCCACACAGAGAAUCAGUCGCCCUAUUGUUAACCUCUUUGUUUCCCGGGACCUUGGUGGCAGUUCUGCAGCCACAGAGGCAGUGGCGAUUUUGACAGCCACAUACCCUGUGGGUCACAUGCCAUACGGCUGGUUGACGGAAAUCCGUGCUGUCUAUCCUGCUUUCGACAAGAAUAACCCCAGCAACAAACUGGUGAGCACGAGCAACACAGUCACGGCGGCCCACAUCAAGAAGUUCACCUUCGUCUGCAUGGCACUGUCACUCACGCUCUGUUUCGUGAUGUUUUGGACACCCAACGUGUCUGAGAAAAUCUUGAUAGACAUCAUUGGAGUGGACUUUGCCUUUGCAGAACUCUGUGUUGUUCCUUUGCGGAUCUUCUCCUUCUUCCCAGUUCCAGUCACAGUGAGGGCGCAUCUCACCGGGUGGCUGAUGACACUGAAGAAAACCUUCGUCCUGGCCCCCAGCUCUGUGCUGCGGAUCAUCGUCCUCAUUGCCAGCCUCGUGGUCCUACCCUACCUGGGGGUGCAUGGUGCGACCCUGGGCGUGGGCUCCCUCCUGGCCGGCUUUGUGGGAGAAUCCACCAUGGUCGCCAUCGCUGCGUGCUAUGUCUACCGGAAGCAGAAAAAGAAGAUGGAGAACGAGUCGGCCACGGAGGGGGAAGACUCCGCCAUGACAGACAUGCCUCCGACAGAGGAGGUGACAGACAUCGUGGAAAUGAGAGAGGAGAAUGAAUAAGACACGGGACGCUAUGGGCACUGCAGGGACAGUCAGGAUGACACUUCGGCAUCAUCUCUUCCCUCUCCCAUCGUAUUUUGUUCCCUUUUUGUUUUGUUUGUUUGUUUGGUAAUGAAAGAGGCCUUGAUUUAAAGGUUUCGUGUCAAUUCUCUAGCAUACUGGGUAUGCUCACACUGACGGGGGGACCUAGUGAAUGGUCUUUACUGUUGCUAUGUAAAAACAAACGAAACAACUGACUUCACACCCCUGCCUCACGAAAACCCAAAAGACACAGCUGCCUCACGGUUGAUGCUGUGUCCUCCUCCCCUGGACAAUCUCCUCUUGGAACCAAAGGACUGCAGCUGUGCCAUUGCCUCUUGGUCACCCUGCACAGCAGGCCACAGACUCUCCUGUCCCCCUUCAUCGCUCUUAAGAAUCAACAGGUUAAAACUUGGCUUCCUUUGAUUUGCUUCCCAGUCACAUGGCCGUACAGAGAUGGAGCCCCGGUGGCCUCUUAAAUUUCCCUUCCACCACGGAGUUUGAAACCGUCUGCUCCACACAUGCAGGAGGCGGGUGGCACGCUGCAGCCCGGAGUCCCCAUUCACACUGAGGAACGGAGACCUGUGACCACAGCGGGCUGACAGAUGGACAUAAUCUCCCGUAGAAAGGUUUGAAAUGCCCCGGGGACAGCAAACUGACAUGGUUGAAUGAUAGCAUUUCACUCUGCGUUCUCCUAGAUCUGAGCGAGCUGUCAGUUCUCACCGCCACCGUGUAUAUACAUGAGCUAACUUUUUUAAGUUGUCACAAAAGCGCAUCUCCAGAUUCCAGCCCCUGCCGCAUGACUUUUCCUGAAGGCUUGCUUUUCCCUCGCCUUUCCUGAAGGUCGCACUAGAGCGAGUCACAUGGAGCGUUCUAACUUUGCAUUUUAGUUUUUACAGUGAACUGAAGCUUUAAGUCUCAUCCAGCAUUCUAAUGCCAGGUUGCUGUAGGGUAACUUUUGAAGUAGAUGUAUUACCUGAUUCUGUCAUCCUUAGUCAUAACUGCGGUACAGGUAAUUCAAAACGUACUACGGUACUUCCCUCCCACACCAUACGUUAAAGCAAGACAUUUUAUAACGAUACCAGAGUCACUAUGUGGUCCUCCCUGAAAUAACACAUUCGAAAUCCAUGCAGUGCAGUAUAUUUUUCUAAGUUUUGGAAAGCAGGUUUUUUCCUUUAAAAAAAUUAUAGACACGGUUCACUAAAUUUAGUCAAAAUUCCUAGACUGAAAGAACCUAAACAAAAAAAUAUUUUAAAGAUAUAAAUAUAUGCUGUAUAUGUUAUGUAAUUUAUUUUAGGCUAUAAUACAUUUCCUAUUUUCGCAUUUUCAAUAAAAUGUCUCUAAUACAAUACGGUGAUUGCUUGUGUGCGCAACAUACCUGCAGUUGAAACGUAUUGUAUCAAUGAACAUUGUACCUUAUUUGCAGCAGUUUUAUAAAGUCCGCCAUUUGCAUUUGAAUGUAAGGCUCAGUAAAUGACAGAACUAUUUUUCAUUAUGGGUAACUGGGGAAUAAAUGGGUCACUGGAGUAGGAAUGCUGGAAAGGCAAAAAUGAGAAAAAGGCAGGCCCUUUGGGUCUACCGUUUUCAGUGCUGUGUGAUCAUAUUGUUUAUCACAGCAAAAUAGAAUGCAAGGGCAUAAUGUUAGCUGUGAACAUGCCAGGGUUGCAUUCACAUUCCUGGGUACCCAGUGCCGGUGGGGUGUGCCCACGUGGGGACAUGUCCUUAGCGUGCUUCCUCAGAGUGGCUUUUCCUCCAUUAAUACAUAUAUGAGUGCUGAAAAAUUAAGUUGCAUAGCUGCUUUGCAGUGGUUUCAGAGGCAGAUCUGAGAAGAUUAAAAAAAAAUCUCAAUGUAUCAGCUUUUUUAAAGGACAUUACUAGAAAAUUAAACAGUAUUUUUUAACAUGUGUGACUCUUUCAUGCUUCUGGGGUUGGAGCUUAAAGAUCCAAACUGAGAAAGCAGGCCAGGUACGGUGGCUCAUGCCUGUAAUCCCAGCACUUUGGGAGGCCGAGGAGGGUGGAUCACUUAAGGUCAGGAGUUUGAGACCAGCCUGGCCAACAUGGCAAAACCUGUCUCUACUAAAAAUAUAAAAAUUAGCUGGGGGUGGUAGCACAUGCCUGUAAUCCCAGCCACUCAGGAGGCUGAGGCAAGAGAAUUGCUUGAUCCUGGGAGGCAGAGGUUGUAGUGAGCUGAGAUCACGCCAUCGCACUCCAACCUGGGUGACAAGAGCAAAACUCCAUCUCAAAAAAAAAAAAAAAAAAAAAUCCUUUCUCUCUAAAUCCAGGAAGGAUCGGCAAGGGCCUCCUCAUUAUGAGAUGAGGAAAUAUAACUCCAGAGAUUCCUUCAGUGAUCAAGAUCAGUGGGCCAUAAUAUUUGGUUAGAGUUUCUGAGGACACAGGAAGCAAUGCCACACUCAGGCCACAAUGGAGCUGAUUUGGCAGGACUCGUUCAAACCUUUCACCUUCAAGCAUGUGAUCCUUCUUCGUACAUUUUCUUCACUUGGGCUGCUUAAGUCACAGCCUAACAACUUCUGAGGCAAAACUGAGAAUUGGCAUAUUCUCCUGCAUUUCUUCUAACCGAGUCCCAUCAUCCAGCUAGACAUGAGAGAUCAAACCAAGGAGGGUGACCUUUCUCCUUCCCACUUUUCAGAGUCAUUGGGGCAACCUUUUGACUUUUGUGACCAAAGAAACAUUCCCCCAAAACAUUUUUCAUUGUAGGGCAUUCAGCUGACAGGUGCAUUUAGAAGGGUACCACGCCUGUGAGCUUCUCAUGUCAAAGACCAGGGAAAGACCAGGUGUGACUUUCUCCAAAAUUGAGUGAUUGCUUGUGGAUGAAUACCAUCUAAAAAUACAAGGCCAUGAAGCAGUUUUUCAUUUAGAUGCUGAGAAACAGGUUUGGGCAGCUCAAAGCAUAGGAAAUAGAGAGUAAGGGUUUUCUAGAGCUCCUCCUUUGGUGGCCUGUUUGAGGAGCACAAGGGAGGUCAUCCUAAAUGUGCAGUUGCCAUUUGUUCUGUAGUGACUUACAGGGAUCUCAGUGGCAAAGGGCGUCAGUGAGACAACUGAGCAAAAAGAACUAGACAAGGCUUGCACUUGGAAAGUCAUGGUAGGAUUGGACCUGCUGGCCACAUGGCUCAGGGAGUAUUGACGGAUUUGCACAUUGGCAGGAAACUCUCCCAUUUGGGAUUCUUUAAAUGGGGCACAGAAGGCCACUUGUUUGCAUUUCUGGGUAAAAAACAGUCAUCCCCCGUGACUGCCUGCAUCGGGUUUGUCUUGUGCCAAAGUUACUCUUCCUUUGUUUUUACUUUGCCUUGAUUUUUAGCAUUAGCUGGUAGUUUGCUUGGAAAUGUCCUGGAUAGCCGAUUCUCUAAGAAACUGAAACAUUUAAUAUUGGCUUAGGAUGUAUCAGAUGGGGCCAAAUAAAGCUUCUUUACAAUAGUAAAAGCACUUUAUACUUCACUCUUUGAGUCUUCCCAAUAAAUAACCUUGGAAGGUGCAGGGGGUGGGGGGCCCAGGAUGGGGAGGCCUGGGAGCUCCCAGGGUAGUGACAGAGUUGGGCUGAGUUCUCCAGACGCCAGGAUGCAUCGCAGCGGAGCCAGCUCAGGAGUGCUCACUCCCAGCCAUCUGGAUCUCUCUCCUGGUUGGAAUAAUCAUUACAUAUCAUAACUCACAAAAUUUAUUCACAUAUCUUCAGAGUAAGAAGUGUGAAAUGUUAACAGCUCCCUGCUCUCUUACUUGUUCCCCAUUUGGGGAUCUUCUGGAGGGAAGGGGCAGGGGGAGAGUAACUUUUCUAUACCCUUGGUUUCUAGAAACACAUCGAUUUCAAGACUCAGUAGCUGACUUUUUUUUCCCCUUCAAAUUGAAGUGGAAGAGUGUGUGUGUGUGUUCUGCAAAAUAGCAAGUAUUUAUAGUGUUGUAAUUACAUUUCCUUGAGAAAUAUUUUCUUAUAUUUAAAAAUCUUUCUACUUCAGUAACUCUCAGCAGAACAGUGCCCAGGACAGCAUGUGCCAGUUAGUACCAGCUUUGCAGGUGAGCUGAUUUCUAAACUUAGGACGACGUCUUCAUCAAUCAAACUAGUGCACAGUCCAGGAAAAGGAGUCCUUUAUCUUCUAGUUCUGCUCCCCACCUUUCUUUGGAACCAAAAUUGCAGUGGAGUGUGUGGAAGCGCUUUCAAAGACGUGGAGUGUUGAGAUGUCUGCACUGCACAUUCAGCCAGUUCAAAGCCAGCAGCUCCUGCCUGCAUUCUGUAGACAGCGCCCUCACACACAGUCCUCUGACGGCUCUCAUAUAAAGCACUCAAACCGCAGGAAAGCAUGUUUUUGAGCAACGUGUUUGGUAACCAUUUGGGAUACUCCUCUGUGUGGUUAUUUUGAAUCUCUAUUUCUGUCACUGAAGCAGCAAAAAACAUCAUGUGACUCAUCAACUGAUCUAACCACACUUAUAACAGGAUGUAGAGAAAAAUCUGAUGAGAAACGUAAAAGGGCCUGUUGCCUGCUCUUUUAAAGGCAAAAUGUCUAAAAUCAUGCAAAUGUUCAAAAUGAGAGAAACUGCAUGGUGCAAUCAAAAUAACCCAAACUCCACUCAGAAGUCAGAAAAGUCACAAAUACAUAGUAUACUAUCUGAUCUCAAAAGGGAAAAAUGAGAUGACGAGACCUUAAGUUUAGACUUCAUUUUAAAUCUAUUAACUUGCAACUUUCUGCUAGGAAGAGCAUCAAAGGUGGGCCUCCUAAAUCAUUUUUGAAAAAUCUCUGUCAAGUCCAAGUGGUUCCAGGAGAAUUAUAGCCAGUAUCUUUUAAAAUAUUUCAUUUUAGUGAUAAUGUUUUUCUCUGCUUCAUUUGCAAUCAACCAGGAUCUCUAAAAGACUGCAUAAGAUACAUGCACUUUUAUAGAUGGCUGUCAGCUACACAUAGAUUCAGCAAAUGUUUUUUAUAUAGUACCUGUUUUUAAGUUAGGCUACAUAAAGUGCACUUUACUAACAAGACUUGACAUUAGCGUCUACAAUACGUAUAUGUAAACAAAAGCACACAAGAACUAGGCACCCUUUCUCUCUCCAAGAGUUUAAGUGGUUUCCUUAGGUUAAACAAGGGGACAGACCAGCUGAAAAUGGUUGUACCACUCACUGUACAACCUCAUGGAAAUUCUUACUAUAAGAUUUAGAGGCAACGUUCGCUAGCUAUAAGCCAGGGCAAGAAAUGGCGGCUUUAGAGUUGGGGAACAUUACAACUGGGUAGAUGCUGGUUCCCUGAAGUGUGGGGCCAUGAACAUGCGGGGACCCACGGUUUGAAUGAACCAGCUAUACUGAAAGCUAAGUUCAAACCACGCUUGCCUAACAAAGGAGUACAGGGUACACAUCAACACCAAUCACCCAGCACCCCACAGCGAUGGUCAUGUCACCAUGCGGCAGGCCCCUUACCCCAGGGCUGCCACAUCCACAAACCUUGCAGUGGCAAAUACGCUGCUCCUUGGAUUUAAUGAGAUAUUUUGGUUGCUUAAUGAAGUAUUGAUCAGGGAACUGUCUAAAGCUAGUAGGGCCAAGGAGUUAAUCGAAGGGCUUCGGGAAAGUGGACAAGAGUCACACACACGCGAUUCUGUUCCAUGCCGACACUCAUUCACUUAAGGAGUGUAUUCAAGCUGGAGGCUUCCGUAUCACUCACGCUUCUUGGCCUCACCUUGCUCAUCUGUCCAAUGGGAGGCUUGAGCCAUUAUUGCUAAGGCCCCUUCCUGAUCUAACAUUCUGUGUAUGAUCUAGGAUUUAGAACGUGGUAUGAGAUCCUACAAUGGAAGAAUAAAAUUACCUCAUUCAUUUCAGAUCUGAACAUUAGCAGUGAUCUGGAUUUUUUUUUUUUUUUAAACAAAAUUAAGUGUGCUUAGAGUCAUUCCUCUACAUGGGCUGUGGCUGUCAGCUCAUAGGUUUGUCAGUUUCACAUCAAAACUGUGGGUAUAAACUGUUGAAACCAAUCACAUUAAAAUAUUUAGCUGGGCACAGUGUUGUGCAUCUGUAGUUGCAGCUACUCGGGAGGCUGAGGCAGGAGGAUCACUUAAGCACAGGAGUUGGAAUCCAGCCUGAGCAACAGAGCAAAACCCCGUCUCUAAAAUACAAAUAAAAUAUUUGUGUAGUUUUUGAUUAAAAUUGACUACAGCAGUCAGUACAAAAUAUAUGUCGCUUUUAAGGAAGUGCUGUUUAUGUAUCUAACAGAUCGAAGUUUUUGCAUUGGUAAGAGCAUUUAUAUAUGCUUUGUUUCAGGGUUUAUGGAUUUGUAUUCAUAUAUUGUCAAAUAGGUUUCAUACUCUAAUUUUACUUUAAGUAAAGCUUAAACACUUGGCAUACAA